CAAGGAAAGAAAAGAGCGAGGGACACGGAGACCCACCCCCGCUCCCUCCCUCCUCUUCCGUCUCGCCGGAGAUGGGUUGCGCCGCCACCUCACCGCCGGCGACCCGUCUCCUCAUCUGCUUGCUGCUCCUCCUCCUCUUCCACCUCCACGGGUGCUGGAGCUGCGGAGCUGUCGAGAGGGAGAGGACGCUGGCGAUGAUCAAGCCGGAUGGUUUGUCUGGUAACCACACGGAGAGGAUCAAGGGGGUCAUCUUGGAGUCUGGAUUUGAUAUUGUCAAAGAGGCGGUGGUUCGGCUGGACGCGGAGAGGGCGUCCCUCUUCUACGCGGAGCAUUCUGGGAGAAGCUUCUUUGACAGUCUAGUGAAGUAUAUGACGAGCGGCCCAGUUCUUGUCAUGGUUCUGGAAAGGCCUGAUGCCAUCUUACACUGGCGAGUUUUGAUUGGGCCAACUGAUGCGAGAAAGGCUAAAACCUCUCAUCCUAACAGUAUUAGAGCAAUGUGUGGAGUAGACUCACAGAAAAACUGUGUGCAUGGUUCAGAUUCACCACUAUCUGCAGCCAGAGAAAUUUCAUUUUUCUUUGGAGAUGUUAGAUCUGAUAGCGUGGAACAUGAUGAGCUGUAGAGGAUAUAUAGACAGGCGUAUCUGUAACAUAUGUCACUAUACAAUUUCACACCUUAAUUGGAUCCAAAUCCUUCAGAAUUUUGAACUAAAUCCCAAAGCUGUCAGAGCGCCCCCCUCCCCCCGGCCGAUUGAAACACCCCCUUUGUUGAUGGAAGUUUUUUAACAUAAGAUGAGAUGGGAUUCAAGGAAAUCCCCCUUCAGAUUGUGUAUGAUAAGGACUAGGAUGGUGCAAACUACCAUGCCAGAAACUUCAUGGAAGCUCAUAUAUCUAGUAUCGAGUGUCUGAGACUGACGACCAUCAUGAAUCAGAUGGGUGUCAAAUUUUCAUCUCGGCAUUGAAGACUGUGCUAACUGCUAAACUUAUACUACCUCCGUAUAUAAAUUUAUACUGUAAGAUUUUCUAGCCUUAUAUAUAUUCAUCAAUUGAU